AUCUACAACAAACGUACAUGUCUUUGUCUUAUAAAGGGAUCUGGACCGUGCUUUGUUGGGGCCGAAAGAUUAAUGCGGUUGAUAUUAGAUAAAUUAUUAUCAAAACAUGUUGGACGGUCUGAAUGGGAUGAAUUCCUAAAACGCGUUGUAGAUGAUUUCGUUGAAAAACAGGCUCCCUCGUCGUCUGUCACUGAUCCCUCUUUCUGUUUUCGUUUCAGCAAGAAAAUCACCGAACUUGGUGUUUCAAUGAGAAGAAACGAACUCUAAAGAGGCCAUGUUUUGUUUCGGUUUGUAGAAUAUCAAAAAGUUGUAAAAAUUAAAAUACAUUGCUGAAUUAUUCUAGAUCUGAAUUUUGAUUGCUUCGCUUUGUAACCGAAUAAUUGUUUAUCUAUUUAUUUAUCCUGUCGAGGAUCGUCUUCAAGCUUCUUACGCAAUGAACGACCUUUUAGGAAAUUCUUUUGAGCUCCCUCGGAGUCAAAGUUCUAGAGGGGGAGAUAUUGAGUUAGGGGCACCAAUAAAUUCUGGAGAACUGGGCUUGGAAAUUUUCUUUAAAAAGGUUCAAGAGAUUGAUAAAGAAUAUGCAAAGCUUGAGAAACUACUUAAAAGGCUCCAGGAUGCACAUGAGGAGUCAAAGUCUGUGACCAAGGCUCCUGCCAUGAAAGCAAUCAAAAAACGAAUGGAGAAAGAUGUUGAUGAAGUUGGGAAGAUAGCUCGUUUUCUGAAGUCUAAGAUUGAAGAACUGGAUAGAGAGAAUUUAGCUAAUAGGCAGAAGCCUGGGUGUGGAAAAGGAACUGGUGUGGAUAGAUCAAGAACUGCAACAACUCUGGCAUUGAAAAAGAAGUUGAAAGAUAAAAUGGCAGAAUUUCAGGUUCUAAGGGAAACUAUCCAUCAAGAGUACCGAGAGGUGGUUGAGAGGCGUGUUUAUACAGUAACGGGUGCAACAGCAGAUGAAGAGACAAUUGACAAAUUGAUUGAGACUGGAGACAGUGAACAAAUAUUCCAGAAAGCAAUCCAGGAACAAGGACGGGGCCAGAUAGUGGACACCCUGGCAGAAAUUCAGGAGCGGCAUGAUGCUGUUAGGGAUAUGGAAAGGAAGCUUCUUGAUUUACAACAGAUCUUUCUGGAUAUGGCAGUAUUGGUGGAUGCACAGGGAGACAUGCUUGACAACAUAGAAUCUCAGGUUUCAAGGGCAGUAGAUCAUGUGCAAUCGGGAAACACUGCACUCCAAAAGGCGAAGAAGUUGCAGAAGAGUUCGAGGAAGUGGAUGUGCAUCGCCAUUCUCAUUCUCCUCAUCAUUGUUGCAAUCAUAGUUGUUUCAGUGAUCAAACCCUGGGUUAGCAACAAGGGUGCUUAGGAGCUUGGCCAAUUACAAAUACGUUAUAUGCUUUCCAUCACGUAAGCUUCUCAGAUCUGCAGCUAUCCCUGUUAACUAAUGAAGGUCCAAUGUUUAAUCCCGGAUUCUCUUUGAUUUUGAUCAAGCAAACCCUUAGUUCUUGCCACGUUGAAAAUUGUAAUGUACACCAUGUUACUUAAAAGUUCAAGUUCAAGCUUCCAUAUUCUUUGAUGUAAUUUGAGAAGUGAUUUAUUAUUUGGUUAAUUUUCAUACAAGAUUGUUUUGUA